GCAGAGCCUGGGCGCAGGUCCGGACCGCCCGCUCAGCCACUCAGAGCAGGCCCCUCACUCGCUCGCCACCCCCAGAAGGGCCAAGGCCAGGGCGGUGCGGGGUCAAGGCCUCAGGGGGCAGCGGGUUUAGCCAGCAAGGGCGGGGUGGGCAUAGGCGCAGGUGGGCACCGGGUGGCGGCCCGGACGGGGCACCCGAGGGUCUGAGGGUGCCCGGGAACAGGGACCCCGUCCAGGGAUGGCUGGCCGGGUACGGCCUGGCCUGUCCGCCCUGAUUUCACACCCUCCCAAGGGCUGCAGGUCUCUGGGGAGAGGGGACAGUGCCACCUGCAGGACAGGAGAAGGGAGCGGCUUUCCAGCGCCUGGAGCCCGCACGUGUGAGAGAAGCAGAAGCGAGCGUGUCCUCAUGGGCAUCCUCCGGCUGGGCUUCGUGUCCACCUACCUCUCACAGCCCCUGCUCGACGGCUUUGCCAUGGGGGCCUCGGUGACCAUCCUGACCUCCCAGCUGAAGCACCUGCUGGGCGUGAGGGUCCCACGGCACCAAGGGCCGGGCAUGGUGGUCAGCACGUGGCUGAGCCUGCUGCGCGGCGCCGGCCAGGCCAACCUGUGCGACGUGCUCACCAGCGCCACGUGCCUGGCCGUGCUGCUGGCCGCUAAGGAGCUGUCAGACCGCUGCCGCCACCGCCUGAAGGUGCCGCUGCCCACGGAGCUGCUGGUCAUCGUGGCGGCCACGCUGGCGUCCCACUUCGGACGGCUCCACGAGCGCUUUGGCUCCAGCGUGGCCGGCGACAUCCCCACCGGGUUCGUGGCCCCCCGGCUGCCCGACCCCGGGCUGAUGCGGCGCGUGGUGCUGGACGCCGUGCCCCUGGCGCUGGUGAGCUCCGCCUUCUCCGUGUCCCUGGCGGAGAUGUUCGCCCGGAGCCACGGCUACUCCGUGCGAGCCAACCAGGAGCUGCUGGCCGUGGGCUGCUGUAACGUGCUGCCUGCCUUCUUCCACUGCUUCGCCACCAGCGCCGCCCUGUCCAAGAGCCUGGUGAAGACGGCCACCGGCUGCCACACGCAGCUGUCCAGCGUGGUCAGCGCCGCCGUGGUGCUGCUGGUGCUGCUGGUGCUGGCGCCGCUGUUCCGGGACCUGCAGCGGAGCGUGCUGGCCUGCGUCAUCAUCGUCAGCCUGCGCGGGGCCCUGCGCAAAGCUUGGGACGUCCCGCAGCUGUGGCGGCUCAGCCCGGCCGAUGCGCUGGUCUGGGUGGCCACCGCGGCCACCUGUGUGCUGGUCAGCGUCGAGGCGGGGCUGCUGGCGGGCGUCCUCCUGUCCCUGCUCAGCCUGGCUGGCCGCACGCAACGCCCACGGGCCACCCUGCUCGCUCAGAUUGGGGACUCGGGCUUCUACGAGGACGCCGCGGAGUUUGAGGGCCUGGUCCCUGAGCCGGGCGUGCACGUGUUCCGCUUCGCGGGGCCGCUCUACUAUGCCAACAAGGACUUCUUCCUGCGCUCGCUCUACAGACUCACGGGGCUGGAUGCGGGGACGGCGGCCACCACGAGGAAGGAGCGGGGCCCGGAGGCCAGGGUCGGCGAGGGAGACCCCGUCGAGGGCACGGACCCGGGCCCAGCCAGCAGCACGGCCGCACGGCUGGUGCCCCCGGCGGCCGGCUUCCACGCGGUGGUCAUCGACUGCGCUCCGCUGCUGUUCCUGGACGCGGCCGGCGUGGCCGCGCUGCAGAACCUGCGCCGAGAUUACAGGGCCCUGGGCAUCACGCUGCUCCUGGCCUGCUGCAGUCCCCCCGUGAGGGACACCCUGAGGAGAGGCGGGUUCCUCGGGGACGACACGGAGGACGCCGCCGAGGAGGGGCAGCUGUUCCACAGCGUGCACAGCGCCGUGCAGGUGGCCCGAGCCCGCCACGGGGAGCAGGCGGCCGCCGACUCCACCCUCUAGUGCGGCCGGUGCCCGACGCCAGCCUGACCGCCCUUCCGGGAGCCCUGGGCAGACAGCCUCACGCCAUCGGUCACUGACAUCAAUGAGCACAGUCGCCACUGCCCCCCCCCCACCCCCCCGCCGCCCCCGCCCCGAGACCGAUGCUGUGCCCUGGAAGAACCAGGGAACACACAAAGGACUCGGACACUUGAACAUCCAGGAACUACGCCUUUGAAACAAGCCACCACAGCCACCCCGGGCCCUGGUGCUGUGUGUACGCGGUGCUGCAGGGUCAGUCUGACGCUGGCUGUCACCGUCCCGUUUGAACAAGGGCCCGAGGCAAUCACGAGGCCUCCCUUGGCCCGCCGGGCCCCAGUCCCACUGGCCACAGCGGGAGGGUCUGUGUCUCUGGGAGCCCUUCAAACACACACCCAAGUGCUCCUUACAUCUCAUGCCUCGGCCAGGCUGAGCUUUGCAAGGCCAAAGGUGGGGUGAUCGACCCAAGUUCCGCUCAGCCCUUGGGCGGCGCUCCUGCAAAGCCUGACCUGAGGACACGGGGCACCAGGUGCGUGGGCGCAUGCUCUCCGGGGCUGGCUCCAGCCACAAAGCUGGCACAGUGGGACACCCACCUGACCCCGAGCCUCCAAGUCCUGUCCGGUGGGAAGCCAGCUGUGCCCAAACUCGGGGCUGCCCCGGCAUCCCCCACGGCCCCGUGCGGCCUCCUCCACGGAGGACAUUUUGCCAGGAGGUGUCAGGGCACCCCCUCCGCUCUGCCCCCCCAUCACAGCCCACACUGCACCACACUGUCCUCCCGGACGCUGCCUCCUCUCGGCCUUGGUCUUCGUCUCCAGUAAGGGGGCUCUGCCCAGCUGCCCCCAUCACUCACCUGGCCGUGAUGAGCUCCAGCAGCCAGUGGGUCCGGACCUGCUCGAUGCCGCCGUGGGGGACAGCGCCCACGUAGGCCAUGUUGAGCUGCUGGUCCCAGCUGAGGUCAUACUGGUCAGCCUGGCUGUGAGGCAGUGGGGGACUGGGGACAGAACAAGGGGGAAUGGGCCAUUAGUCCCCAGGGGCGGGGCACCAGAACAGCCCCUGCAGCUACAAAUCCAGGGCCCCAGAUUGCCCCGGGACACCAGUCCCCAGCAGCUGGACCCUGGAGUGCCCGCCGAUGAAUUUUACUGUCCCUGUUGUAAUAAAAUGGCCCCUAACGCCAGGAAUGCCA